GAGACGGCGGAGGAGGGCCCUUGAAAAGGGUGCGCGUUCCCGUGGCGGUGCACCCGGUAGGUUUCAGUCAGAGUCACUAUGGCGGCCAACGCUGGCAAGGUCGGAAAGUUUCCUGCCUCGUCCGCCACCGCCUGAGCUUGCCGCACUGGCUGCGAGUGGAGGAGGCUGCGGCGGACCCAGCCCCGGCCUCCAGGCCUCUCCCUCCACCUCCGGGCCAGCCUCCCUCCCCCACACCGUCGUCCUCCGGGAGCUGCCAGUCCCUGAGAUGCGACCCUCGCGAGGACGCUCCUGAGGGGAGGUGGCCCAUGUGCUGAGCAGCAGAGCCCAGAGCUCCAAGGAACCAACUUCCCGCCGGCCCGGGCGCCCAAGCCUUCCUGGGGUAGCUCCUCGCUCUGUCCGCACCGGCCUGCGGAGCCGGGUCCCCGCCCUGGUCGCGGGGACACCCGCCAGGUGCUCGGGACUCGCGACCCAGAGGCCGCCCGUGCCCCGACAGCCCUCCCACGCCUCCAGCCCGGGAUCGCAGCCUCGGCUCACGCUGGGCCGGGGACCCCUGCCACUCCCGGGCGGCCUCGGCACAGCAGGGCAAUGCAGCCCGGCCCGCUGGCCCUCUAGUCUUCCUCGUCUGUCCCCGCGCCACUUCCCACCCCCGAGGCCCCUGAGGACGGACGGUGGCUGCCCGGAGGUCCUCCGCUCCUCUUCCUUGGGCCCCGAAGGACAUUCCUGGCUGCGCCGAGUCAACCCUCUUCAUGCUGCAGUGCUGCACCGUUUCCGCUACCGAAGGGGAGAAGCGGCCGGGAUCUCAAACAAAACACAAGAAUUGGUGUGUGACUCAUCUGCUCGGAUACCUCCCGUCCCCAAACUGUCUUCCAGGAGUUUUCUUGGCCGAAGGUGCCCAAUGUUUGAGCCUUUUCUUCCUAGGGAAGAUGGACUGAAAGCUGCUAGCUGGGGACUUACUUUGGUCAAGGAGCCUCUGUAUUUUAAAGGAGGUGAUGGGGCUUGCGCUGGCUUGUCUUCCUGCCCAAUUGAAGAGUUGUUGAUGUUCACGGGUUAUGCUUAGACAAUGUGCAGUUUGUUUUAAUUUAAAAAUUUUGGGGGGAUAGGGGUGCAGGCUUGUGAAGAGCAUUCCGAACCUGGAGGAGCUCCUCAUUGUCCCUGGUCCAGACACCCCCCCAGCCUGUCCUCGAUGCCGUCAGCCUUGGCCAUCUUCACUUGCCGCCCGAACUCGCACCCGUUUCAGGAGCGUCAUGUCUACCUGGACGAGCCCAUCAAGAUCGGCCGCUCGGUGGCACGCUGUCGACCAGCGCAGAAUAAUGCCACCUUUGAUUGCAAAGUGCUGUCAAGGAACCAUGCUCUCGUCUGGUUUGAUCACAAGACGAGCAAGUUUUAUCUCCAAGACACUAAAAGUAGUAAUGGUACCUUUAUAAAUAGCCAGAGAUUGAGUCGAGGCUCUGAAGAAAGUCCACCAUGCGAAAUUCUUUCUGGUGACAUUAUCCAGUUUGGGGUAGAUGUGACAGAGAAUACACGGAAAGUUACCCAUGGGUGUAUUGUUUCCACAAUAAAACUUUUUCUACCAGAUGGUAUGGAAGCCCGACUCCGUUCAGAUGUCAUCCAUGCUCCAUUACCGAGUCCUGUAGACAAAGUUGCUGCUAACACUCCAAGUAUGUACUCUCAGGAACUCUUCCAACUUUCUCAGUAUCUACAGGAGGCCUUACAUCGGGAACAGAUGUUGGAACAGAAGUUAGCCACACUUCAGCGGCUACUAGCCAUCACCCAGGAGGCUUCAGAUACUAGUUGGCAGGCUUUAAUAGAUGAAGAUAGACUCUUAUCACGGUUAGAAGUUAUGGGAAACCAGUUGCAGGCAUGCUCCAAAAAUCAAACAGAAGAUAGUUUACGGAAGGAGCUGAUCGCACUGCAGGAGGACAAACACAACUAUGAAACCACAGCCAAAGAGUCCCUGAGGCGGGUUCUUCAGGAGAAAAUCGAAGUGGUUAGAAAACUUUCAGAAGUUGAGCGAAGUCUGAGUAAUACUGAAGAUGAAUGUACUCACCUGAAAGAGAUGAAUGAACGGACUCAGGAAGAAUUAAGAGAAUUAGCCAAUAAAUAUAAUGGAGCAGUUAAUGAAAUUAAAGAUUUAUCUGAUAAAUUAAAGGUAGCAGAGGGAAAACAAGAGGAAAUCCAACAGAAGGGACAAGCCGAGAAGAAAGAAUUACAGACUAAAAUUGAUGAAAUGGAAGAAAAGGAACAAGAGCUCCAGGCAAAGAUAGAAGCUUUGCAAGCUGAUAAUGACUUCACCAAUGAAAGGCUAACAGCUCUACAAGUACGGUUAGAACAUCUGCAGGAGAAAACUCUUAAAGAAUGCAGCAGCUUAGGGAUACAAGUUGAUGACUUCUUACCUAAAAUAAAUGGGAGCACAGAAAAAGAGCACUUGCUUUCAAAGAGUGGCGGGGACUGCACUUUUAUCCAUCAAUUCCUAGAAUGCCAGAAAAAGCUGAUGGUCCAGGGGCAUCUAACCAAAGUGGUAGAAGAAUCAAAGCUUUCAAAAGAAAACCAGGCAAAAGCAAAGGAAUCUGAUUUAUCAGAUACUCUAAGUCCCAGCAAAGAAAAAAGCAGCGACGAUACAACAGACGCCCAGAUGGAUGAGCAAGACCUAAACGAACCCCUUGCUAAGGUGUCUCUAUUAAAAGAUGACUUACAGAGUACCCAGUCAGAAACUGAGGCCAAACAAGACAUUCAGCAUCUUCGCAAAGAAUUGGUGGAAGCCCAGGAGCUAGCUAGAACAAGUAAACAAAAAUGCUUUGAACUUCAAGCUCUUUUGGAAGAAGAACGAAAAGCCUAUCGAAAUCAAGUUGAGGAAUCAGCUAAACAAAUACAAGUUCUUCAAGUCCAGCUGCAGACGUUACACAUGGAUAUGGAGACUCUCCAGGAGGAAAAGGACACUGAAAUCUCCAGCACAAGAGAGAAAUUGCUUAGUGCCCAAGAUGAGAUUUUGCUCCUUCAUCAAGCAGCAGCAAAGGCUGUGUCUGAACGGGACACUGACUUUGUUUCUUUGCAAGAAGAGCUUAAGAAGGUGAGAGCGGAGCUUGAGGGCUGGAGGAAAGCAGCAUCAGAAUAUGAGAAUGAAAUCAGAAGUCUGCAGAGCAGUUUCCAGCUUAGAUGCCAGCAGUGUGAAGACCAGCAAAGAGAGGAGGCAACAAGGUUGCAAGGUGAACUAGAGAAGUUGAAAAAGGAAUGGAAUGUACUGGAAACUGAAUGCCAUUCUCUAAAAAAGGAGAACGUGUUAUUAUCAUCAGAACUGCAGCGGCAAGAAAAAGAAUUGCAUAAUUCUCAGAAGCAGAGUUUUGAGCUCACAAGUGACCUCAGCAUCCUUCAGAUGACCAGGAAAGAGCUUGAGAACCAAAUGGGAUCCUUGAAAGAACAACACCUUCGGGAUGCAGCUGACUUAAAGACUCUCCUCAGCAAGGCUGAGAACCAAGCCAAGGAUGUACAGAAAGAGUAUGAAAAGACACAGACUGUUCUCUCAGAACUGAAGUUGAAGUUUGAAAUGACUGAGCAGGAAAAGCAGUCAAUCACAGAUGAGCUCAAACAGUGUAAAGACAACCUGAAGCUGCUGCGAGAGAAAGGAAAUAAUCCCUCCAUAUUACAGCCUGUCCCAGCCGUUUUCAUCGGCCUAGUCCUGGCUUUCCUGUUUUGGUGUUUCGGUCCAUUGUGGUAGAGAAAGAAACCCUGGCCCUGGAUGCCCAUGUUGGCGGCCCUGGUUGCGGUGACAGCUAUGGUGCUGUAUGUACCAGGUCUGGCCAGAGCUUCUCCAUGACAGUGUGUCUUGAGUCUGUACACCGUCCUCCCUCUAGAAGCUGGCACCACACUCAUGCUGGGGACAAGCAGAACCAUUUUCUUCCUUUUUACCUCUUAAAACAGCAAAGUGCAAGAAUACAGCUGUAGGGUCAUUGCUUUAACUUAUAUAAAAUAUAUCUGUCUAUAGAGAGGAUAUAAAGUUGUGAAUUUAUUCGGUUUUACAUGUAAUUUUUAAAUUAGUACAUUGAGAUUCUGAAUAUUAUGGUGGCCUAAAGUAGGCUUCUUAGUGCACCAGAUUAUUUAUACCAUAAAUUUAUAGAUAUUUUACUCUGAAUUCUAAUGGCCACACAAUUCAUUUUUCUGAUUCGAUAACUACUCAAACCGAACAACCAAUACAUACAUGGGAAGAGAGGCCCUGUGUGCUCAGUGCCUAUCAGUUUGAAUAUAUACACACACACAUAUAUAUAUUUUUUACAUAUUUACGCCAUUUUUACUUGUUAUAAAACCACUGAGCUAUUGGGAACAAGACUUAGACAAUUAUUUGUGUGGAUUUUUUUUUUUUUAAGGAAAAAUACAUUUGGAAAAUAUUCUCUUAUAACGAUAAUUUGGGGAAUACAUCCAUGUUUGUUCAGCCUUAAUGUGACUUGAAGAUGUGAAGGACAUCAGCUUUGAAAACUUUCCAGGAGAGUUUGUAUUUUCUUGAGCAAACUGAAAUAUUACUGGGAGCAAAAACAUAAUUGCAUAAUUUCAGUGCAAUCAACCAAACUAUUGAGUGAAUUGGAAUGUAACUUACUAAACCUCAUGUAUUUAAGAAAUGUUUUCUUUAAAAGCCAAGUUACCUUCUCAUAUACAGCAGUUUAGAAAGCAUGAUUUUUUUUUUUCUGUCAUCUGUUCCUCCAAGCAUGUUUAAUUGAAGGAAGAAUUAUAUCUGUUUAGAUAAGCCUUUAUUGACUUAAUUUGGUUAUGAUGUGAAGCUAAUUCACAUUCAAGGUGAACUGAUGUUCCCUGCCAACAGGUUUCUCGGUUGGUAUACAAAUGGUUAUUCUCUUUUUGUUGUUAGUUGGAACAGCCUGUCAGUUAGCAGUACUGUUCCCAAGAUUGGUAGUGUUCCGUGCACAGUGACACACCUAAGCACUGCUUGGCAUUAUACAUUUAAACACAGAGGUUAAAGUUUAGCUGUGGUUUUGUGCAGCACCAUAGUGAUGUCAAUAUCCAGUAUCACAUAGUUAAAUUUUCUUCAGUCAGUGAAGACUAGAAGGGAAGGGAAUGUCAGUGAAUUGGCUUGAAUGUUGUAUGAGAAUACCCAGAUCUAGCCAGAUACUAAAAAAGGAGUUUAGGAUAUAAUUUGCCUCGUGAUAUUUGGCAGUCUUUUUUUUUUUUUUUUACUUUAAAAGUUAUAUUGUUGCUGGGAGAAUCACUAGAUUUUGGAGGAAUUAGCCACAAAUGACUUGUAGAAAAUACUGUCAUAUAGUUCAUUUUACCAUUCUCUGUUGCAGGAAGCCACUCCACCACAGAAUGCUAAUAUGCCAGUGGUACCCAGUACCUCUUGUAUAUAGUUAUUGCAAAUACUGUUCUGAAAUGCAUAACUUCAAAAUUACCUUUUUUAAAGUAAAUAAUUGUUUGAAAUCUAUUUUGUAAAGAUAAAACGUACAAUAGAAUUUCUGGAGUACAGAUUAAACUAUUUGCACUAACACAAGUGAUGUGCAUGAUUUAAUAAAAUAACUUUAAUCUCCCUUUGCA